CACGAGCACCAGGCAGAAACUGAAGUUUAUACGCGUUAUAGAGUUUUAGAGAGUUCUAGAUAAAUAUGCAAUUGAUUUAAAUUCAUUAACGCGACUGAAGUUUUCCUUUCAAUGCGAAGUUUAUCAAACUAUUGUCAUCAAUGUGACAGUCAUGAAUAAACUACGCAACUUGCUGCCGGGGCAGCAGUCCAAGGAGUCUGCGCGCCACUCGGUCACAUUGGAGCCGGAGAUUGGUUUUCAGAUCACCAUCGAGACGCCACAGAAUCAGAGCAGCAAUGACAGAGGAGCUUCUGCAAUGCCCGAGUUGAAUGUGCAUCUUAUUGCGGCCCGACAUCUGCCCUCUCUUUUCGGCUUCAAGAUUGUGCAGGGCUAUAUUAUUAAGGUUAAGCUCUUUCCAGGCACCAAGCGCUUGGAUAGUAGCAUUCAAACAAACACUUGGCCAAAGUUCAAUGAAAACUUUAAGUUUCCUCUUGUACCAGACAUUAAACCUUCACUGAAGCAUGGCUCGGCAUUUUCAUCGCGGCGUCAUAUGCAGCCAGUUAACGGUGAUUACUCCGAUCCAGGGGAUCUUUUUGCCGGCCAAUUUUUGGUUUUUACCGUUUAUGCUCUACUGGAAUUACCCGCAGCUAGCUUCAAUCGCUUCAACAAGACCUAUCGCUCCCUCAAAGAAAGAAGUUCAACAUUUAUGCAACGCCUUUCCACGGGGGUGAUGUCGAACGAAGCGCCUCCCGAAAAUGGUGCGACGCCAAAAGGCAAGGAUAAGAAGUCAUCGGAAAGCCCCCGAACUGCUAUGCCGGCUUUGACGAUAAGUGAAUCCAGACGAAAUAUAGGUUCUGUUACCUGCUAUCUGGAGCCGAAGCUUUUUAAACGCAACCCGCGUAAUGGAACUUAUACGACCGAGGAGCUGUGGCUACCAAUUAAAGAUAUAACCACAACAGUAUCCAAAGCAACGCCCAAUAAUAACAACAACUAUCUCACAAAUUCGGCAAAGGGCGUGGUUGAGUUGGCCCUCGAGGUGCGCGAUCUUGCCGAACUUGCCGAGGGAGAAACACAGUCCGAGGUGCAUUCAGCGCCAGAGCAGGAUAUAACAAAGGGUGCGGGCGGAAAUAAUAAUUGGCAACGGAUGACUGCCGAAGUGAAGCGGAAAAUGGGUAUCAGCAAUGUUAGCAGUGCAACUGGGGAAACGCUUCUCUUGAGGGUGACAACAUCGCGCAUGCGUUGCUCCAACAAGGUCAAGGACGAACUGGAGGCGACGGCCAGCGGUCGAGUCUAUGUGAAGACCACAAUCUUUGAGCAUGGCAUCUAUGUGGAUGCGUGGAAGUCACAACUUUUCUAUCCCUCGCUCUCGACCAAUUGGGAUGGCGCCGGCGGGGAUGAUGCCACGAUUUCGGUUCCUCUGCGCAGCCUGGAGCAAUUAGAGAAUAUUGAGAUCAGGAUAACGCUAGCGACCAAGCUGAAAAUGGGCAAGAAACUAGUGCUGGGCACAGUUGUUGUUGCUGGCGGCAGAAGUUCCUCAUCCUCUGAAACCGGCGCAGAGCAAAUGCAACAUUUGCAGAGUUCCCCACUGAACCAGCGAGUCGCUGCUUGGCAUUGUUAUCAAUAGGUAGGAGGUUAACGAUGGGGGAUGAUGCCAUUGAGUUCUACGAAAAGAUAAGCUCAAGUUGAUGCCAAAAUCUUAGUUUUUACUCUACGUGUUCGAUUAAAUUAAAUUAAUAAAUACAUAUUUAAUGACAAAGUAUUCUAUUUUAAUAUAUGACAUGACAAGUGUUAAAAACUCUGUUAUAUUAAAGUUUCAGCCUCCCAAAUGUUACCGUUGGGAUUUAUUUAUAUUAACUUAGAAAGGAAAUAAGUCAAAGCAAACAGGAUAUUUAAGUGAGUGAGACCAAAAUUUCUAUUAUUCAAAAUUUAUUUAAA